AAAUGUUGAUUUAUUAUAAUAGUACUUUUUCCUAUAUUCUUUCUAGAUAAAAGGAAAGUAUGGGUUUCCUCAGAUCUCUUUUCAUCUCUAAAACAAUUAUAAAGCAUAUUUUUUUUUAAUUAUCAACUUUUUCGGUAAUAACAUAUUGUUUUCUAAAAUAUGAUUCCCUUUAAGAAGCGCUUCUUCCCCGACGAAUCGAUUGACUUGAUUAGCAGCUAGAAGGCCUAUUUUUUGGACAAAAUAAGACAUUCAUUUUAAAUUCCCUAAUGAUAGAGAAAAGCUGUAGAUUUUCAGUUCUUCUCAUCACUAUACCAACAAAUUCCCAUUUUCACUUAACUAUUCCCCUUUCAACGUGUAUUUUACUUGUAUUUCAUGUGUAUAAUGACAAAUAUAUUAAAAUAUCAGCACUAUAAGUUGUUGAUACUAGUGAAAGUUAAAGGAUUCUAAUUUGGGUGUGGUAAAAUACUAAAUGACUUUUCAGCUUAAAAACAUGAGCUUAACCUUAAUCAAAGAAUUCUCUUAAUUUUGUAAAUUCUCUUUAAAGAAAACUAUUUAGGGUUUUGAUUAGAUAUGACUUAUUCGCAUCUGAUAAUGAAUGAAUAAAUAUAUGGAAAUUAACGAGCCAAGAGGGUCCUAUUUUUUGCUAAAGGCCUUCACAAAACAUAUUUUUUUAGGGAUCAAAGGACGCUUAUGUUUUUCUAUAAUGCUUUCUAUCCUUUAAAUUAUAGAUAGCAUUCCCGGACGGAGAAUUCUCUUGUAAUUUAUAAUAAUAGAAAUUACCAUUAUUAUUAUUAUUUAAUUAUAAGGAGUAUAACCAAGAUAGCUGUCAAUUUAAGAUGGUGUUUUAAAAAUAUCAUAUAAAACUUAUUCCUUUUGUUCAAUAACUACAAGUAGAGAAAUUUCUAUAAUGUAACUACAGAAACUUGAUGGGAGAUUUCUUCAUUAUUGACUUCAGUUAGACCAUUCACAGUACAAAAACAACCCCAUUACCUUUUCCCAUCCAUUGCCUUGCAUCCUUUCUUCCUCUUCCUCUUAUCCUCAGGCAUCAAAUCAGCAUCGGGCUAUUCCUGUGACGUCAUACAUUGCCCUAACGUCAGAACGAGUGCCUGACGCGUCCCCGUCUAUUACAUAGACGAAAACGUUCCGAAAUUCGUUCUUUUUUUAAUAUCUCCGAACUAUCCUCCUUGAUAAUUAGGAGAAUAACCCGUUAAUCUAUCUAUCUCAGGCAUAUGUUGAUUGCCAGAUGAAUUUCUUCUUCCAAUAUCGUCCAGAUUAUUUUCAAUAUAAUACACCACCUCGUCUUUCCUGCAGCAAAUAUGAGAAUGCAGCAAGUACGGCUCAUGCUCUUGAGUUGGUUGCCAAAAACGAAACAUUGGACGAAGGCCAUGACUGCCACAGUGCCGGUUGCCAGCGGAUCAUCAUCAAUGUCUCCGGAGCCAAGUACGAGACGCAAUUAAGGACGCUCAACAGAUUUCCCGACACGUUACUCGGCGAUCCGAUUAAACGGCGUCAGUUCUGGGAUGGGAGGCGAAACGAAUUCUUUAUCGACCGCCAUAGGCCGUCCUUUCAAGCCGUUCUUUAUUAUUACCAGUCUGGAGGGAGGCUUAGAAGGCCUAUUGAAGUACCUGAAGAUAUUUUCCUGGAAGAACUGGAGUUUUAUGAAAUUGGUGAUGAUAUCAUAAAGGAUUAUAAAGAGAAGGAGGGUUUCCUAAUGGAAGAGGAAAAACCUAUGCCAGUUAACUCUUUACAAAAACGCUUAUGGAUGUUCCUAGAAGAGCCGGAUUCAUCUAAAUCAGCCAAAGUAUUUGCUUUAGUUAGCGUUGCUUGUAUAGUUGCAUCUAUAGUUAAUUUUUGUAUGGAGACUCUUCCAAUGUUUGAGAGACCAGACUGUGUUAAUAGCACUACACCCAGUGGAGCUGUCUACCAAGUAAAGAACUACAAUGAUCCAUUUUUCGUCGUCGAAUCGAUGUGUGUAGCAUGGUUUACUCUGGAGUUUAUUCUCAGAUACCUGAGCUGUCCUUCGAAGUGGGAAUUUUCAAAAAGUCUCAUGAACAUCUUUGAUGUCAUGGCAAUUCUUCCAUUCUUCGUAAUAUUAAUAAUGAAUAUGUCUGCGGAAAACUGUACUGAGGAGAAGAGCAAAGGAGGAUCGUUGAUUGUCAUACGUGUCCUUCGCGUCUUCCGUGUCUUCAAAUUGUCUAAGCAUUCUCAAGGCUUACGCAUCUUAGGAUUAACUAUUAAAAGCAGUAUGAGAGAACUUGGGAUGUUCUUUUUCUUCCUUCUAGUUGCUAUGGUUAUCUUCUCAUCCGCUGCUUAUUACGCGGACCUUGGCGAAAAAGAUUCAGAAUUUGAAUCAAUACCGGGUGCUUUCUGGUGGGCUAUCGUCACCAUGACGACGGUAGGUUACGGAGACGUUACGCCUGUGGGCGUCUGGGGCAAGUUGGUAGGCGCAGUGUGCGUUAUUGCGGGAGUACUAACUAUUGCACUUCCGGUUCCGGUAGUUGUAGCAAAUUUUAACAACUUCUACAGACACGACAGCGGCAGGGGAAAGAGCUACAAAGUACUAUGUCUAUCCAAGAGUUCUUUUGAAGAGUGCCAUUUCCAAAAAGAGCAAAAUAGGUGUAGUCUCUUAUUUUUCAUCCGUCCGAAAAUAUGUUCAAUUCUCAUAAAAUGUAAAUUAUAAAAAGUAAUUUUGGAGAAUAGAAAUAGGAAAGACCGAUAGUGAGAUAAACACAUCGAAAGAUGGAGUAAGAGAAAACGAUUAAUUUUUUUCUUAAAAUAUACCAAUUAUAUUUCUACUAUAAAUAGAUAUUAAUAUGUAAAUUUUAUUACAUUUGUAUAUAUUUAAGUAGAAAGUUUUAUAAGAGAGAGAGAGAGAGAGAGAGAGAGAGAAAGGGAGAGAGAGAGAUGCAGAGAGACAAGAAUCAGCCAGGGGAGGGAACACUAAGAGAAGGCAGAAGAUUAACAUGAAUACUGAAGAGUUAGCAGUAAAGAAAAGCAAUCAAGUAGAAAAAAGUUUAUUAAUAUAAAACUUUAAGACCAGAUUAGAAUAAAUCUGAAAAUAGAAUUUUUUUAACUCUUAGUUCCUGCAUUAAAAGCCUCAUUCGAAUUAAUUCACUCUUUAAUAUGUCAAAAGCAUGUUAAUUUAAUUUUACGAAAUGCAAUUUAGUCCCUUAGGAUAUAGUGUAUAAAUUUUAUUGCGAGAAAAGCCUGCAGUAUUGAUCAACAAUCAUAUUUCAUGAGAAAAUCUAAAAUAAUUUUAUUACAAUUCACUUGUAUGAGAGAAAAUUGGAAGCAAAAGUUUGCAAUAAUUUAGAAUGCAACUAUUUAAUCAUAAUCUGAUUUAAUGAAAUAUGUGUUUACUAAAAAAAAGUUAAACAAAACUGAAAUUACAGUUUCAUAACACAUUUAUCAUAAAUCUGAAGUAAUCUUUCCAACUAUAUACUGUAUAGUUGGUAAGAAAUACGAUAUACAUUGACUAAAAAAUUGAUUUUAUUGUUAGGUCAUUAUCACUUUUAUCGCUCCAUACAUAAUCAAUGAGAAACGAGCUCAAAACAGUCAUUUUGUUAUCCUUAAAGCUAUAAUAAGUAAAACAGGACCGGUAACCCGUGAUGCUUUCGUUUAUUAUUUUAUGCACAGUAGAAGUUAAAAGGAAAUGGUGCUCAAAUAAAAAGUUUCACACGAGUAGUACAAAACAACUAAAAGAAAAGGAAAAGAGGGAAUUUUCGAUCCCCAAUUUCUUUCUUUCCCCUUCUUCCUUACACAUAUACUUCCACAAAUGCCUUGUUAACUUAGGCCGAGUGGUGACCUCCAUUUUCGAUCCGACACACUUUUCCUGUCCGUCUUCGGCUGCCUGUCGGAGGUGUUCGAAUUUUGGUGCUGUUGUUUUCUUCUUUGUUAGUUUGUUCUAAUAACUUUUUUGAAAAACAACUUUUAUUACUGUAUUAUAAAUAUGCAGUUUAUUAUGUGUAUUAAUUAGGUAUAUACUUAAAUCCAUAAAUUUCUAUAUUAUAUUAAAAACAUGAGACUUAUAUAUGUAUAUAGAUAUGUACAUAAAUAAGUAUUGUUACACUCGUAUAUAUAUAUAUAUAUGUAUAUAAUAUACAGUACAUACUAUAUAUUUAUAUAUAUAUAUAUAUGUGUGUAAGUUUAUUAUUAUUAUUAUUAUGAAUUUUUUUUGUUAUAAUAAUGAUAAUAAUAAGUUAUGUAUGUAUAUAUAUAUAUACAUAUAAAGGGAUAUAUACAUAAAUAUGUAUAUAUAUAUGCAUAUUCGUUUGUUUCUCCUACACACCGACAGGUUUCUAAACGCUAUAUACAGAAAAAAUGGAUUAUAUAUGCAGAAACUAUAUAUAUAAUCAAUUCUAGUGCAAAUUCUCUAAACUUUGUUUUCUUUUUUCCUGUUUUUAUUAAUAUUUCGACUUUAUAUCUGCAUCGUAGUGAAAAUUAUACUUAGAAAUUUUUGCUCAAAUCUAACUUCUUUCUCUGCGAGCGUUUUACAUCGGACACGUUCACGAAAAAAAACUAAAUUGUUUGUUGUUAUUAAUUUUUUUCGUCCUUUUCUUCUAUAUUAUAGCAAUAAAUAAAAGUAUAAAAAUACUUAUGAACGCGAGUGAAUGACUAUUGAUAUAUCUUUUUUAUGAUGUUAAUACUUGACGUAUUUUCUCUAUAAAUAUAUAUUUAUAUAUCAAAUGGAAGGCAUCAUCUAUCUAUCUCACUUUUUCUUUCCUCCUUCCGUUGUCCUUCCUACCUCUCUCUAUCUCUCUCUCUUAAGUAUUUUUUCCGCUUUCUCUUUCUCCAUCUGUUUUGUUAUAUAACACUUUUCUAAUAUGCUUAAACUUGAAAGAGGUUUACCAGAUUAAACAUUUACCAA